AAAAGUAGGGUAGCGUGACCUUCUCGGACAGUUCUGGUAGGAAGUCAGCACAGGGUGCUCUCUGGGCCUCUCCUCCCUUGUUCCCAACUGUUGCAAAGGUUGUGAAUAAGUAAUUCAGUCGCGCUCGUGGGCAGAGGAAGGACGCAAGCUUUGGAGCCUUCAGCUGCAUCCUCUGCGUAGCUGGAACUCUGGACAACUCUUUCAGUCUGGCAUGGAAGAAAGGCCAAUGGCUACGUUCACAAAAACAUCUAACAAUGAAGAUACAGAAAAAAAAGAAAGCAUCCGUUGCUUAACUACUCUUAGCCACUUUGGUUUUGAAUGUUUGCCCUAUCAGCUGGUGACCAAAUCUAUGGAGCAAGGAUUCUCUUUCAAUAUUCUCUGUGUGGGGGAAACUGGAAUUGGAAAGUCAACACUGAUUAACACACUGUUUAACACGAAUCUGAAAGACAGCAGAUCCUCGCAUUUUUAUCCAAAUGUUGGGCUUAGAAUUCAGACAUCCGAUCUUCAGGAAAGCAAUGUUCAGCUGAAACUGACUGUAGUGAAGACAGUGGGGUACGGUGACCAAAUAAACAAAGAAGGCAGCUACCAACCCAUAAUUGACUACAUAGAUGCUCAGUUUGAGGCCUAUCUUCAGGAAGAACUGAAGAUUAAGCGCUCCUUCAAGUAUCAAGACUCUCGUAUCCAUGUGUGCCUCUACUUCAUCUCACCCACAGGACAUUCUCUGAAGUCUCUUGAUCUGCUGACAAUGAAGAGCAUUGACAGAAAGGUGAACAUUAUACCAUUGAUUGCCAAAGCAGAUACAGUUUCUAAAAAUGAUUUGCAGAAGUUCAAGAGUAAGAUAAUGAGUGAAUUGAUCAGCAGUGGCAUCCAGAUAUAUCACUUCCCAACAGACGAUGAAACUGUUGCUCAGAUAAACUCCUCAAUGAAUGCAAUAUUACCUUUUGCUGUGGUAGGGAGUACGGAUGAAGUGAAAGUUGGAAAAAGGGUGGUCAGAGGCCGUCACUACCCUUGGGGAGUUUUGCAAGUGGAAAAUGAAAAUCACUGUGACUUUGUUAAGCUCCGGGAUAUGCUUCUUCGUACCAAUAUGGAAGACCUAAAAGAACAAACCCACAUUCAUCACUAUGAAUGCUAUAGGUACAGAAAACUGAGGAAAAUGGGUUUUACUGAUGUGGGCCCAGACAAUCAGCCUAUUAGUUUUCAAGAGAUAUAUGAAGCCAAAAGACUACAGUUCUAUGAACAAUGUCACAGGGAGGAAGAAGAGUUGAAAAAAAGGUUUAUGCAACAAGUAAAGGAUAGAGAAACAGCAUUUAAAGAUGCUGAAAAAGAGCUACAGGACAAGUUUGAGCACCUUAAAAGGAUUCAACAAGAGGAGAUAAUGAAGCUUGAAGAGGAGAGAAGACAAUUGGAAGAAGAAAUAAUAGAGUUUUGUAAAACAAAGGCUGCCUGUGAGACACUGCAGACUCAGCCAUGCACCAACAUAAAGAAGGACAAAGAUCGCAAGAAGUAGUCUCUUCUUACCCUUCUAUCUAAUGUAGAGCCCCACCAUUCUGUAUCCCAUCUACCUAUGAGAUUGUCUUCAUAGCAUUUAACUCUCAUUGGAGUUCUGAUUUUUAAAACUUGUUUACUGAUUGUAUAUCUUCCUUAACUAAAAUGUUAAAUCCUUAGGAGAAGAUACCUUGUCUAUUUUAUUAACACUGUAACACAGACUAGCACAGAUAUGGCACUCAGUAAAUAUUUUACAAAAUAAAAUAUAUUACAGUAUAAAAAGA